UCCUCGCCGAAUGCUCUGCUCAGCGCACAGAUGUCCAACUUUGCAAACACGACGCCCUUCGCCUCCAACCCACUGGAGACGAAGGAUGACCUCGCGAGGUACCUCGUCGGCAUCCUCGAUCCUCUCGCAGCCCAUACAUCCCCGGGAUGCGCACGUAUCCACCUUGGAUACACUGGCACACACUACGACGAGGCUGCUGCACAGCUCGAAGGUUUCUCGCGUCCCAUCUGGGGUCUUGCCUCCCUCCUCGCCGGGGGAGGGACGUACGAUGGUACACAGCGGUGGCUGAAGGGCUUCGCCAGUGGGGCCAAUUCCGAUCAUGAGGAGUUUUGGGGUAACAUGAACGAUAAAGACCAGCGGAUGGUGGAGUGCUCUGCUAUCGGAUUCUCUCUUGCUGUGGCAAAGCAGCAAUUAUGGGACCCAUUGCCUCCCGAGGGCAAGGCCAAUCUGGAGACUUGGUUAGGCGGUAUGAACGACAAGGAAAUGCCGAACACGAAUUGGCUCUGGUUCAGGGUGUUCACCAAUCUCGGACUGUCCAAAGUCGGUUCGUCAAAGUUCGAUGCCAAACGCAUGAAGGCAGAUCUCGACCACCUUGACACAUUCUAUAUCGGGGAUGGCUGGUCGCGAGAUGGGCCAGAGGGUGUUGUGCAACUGGACUAUUAUUCGUCUUCCUUUGCCAUCCAGUACGCGCAACUUGUCUACUCAAAGUUGGGGCAACAGGAGGACCCCAUUCGUUGUGAAGAGUUCAGAAACCGUGCACGGAAGUUUGCGUUGGACUUCGUUCACUACUUCGAUCCGGAAGGUCGCGCCAUUCCAUUCGGCAGAAGUCUGACUUACCGCUUCGCCAUGUCCUCGUUCUGGGGCGCCUUAGCCUUUGCUGAUGUUGAUCUGCCUGCUCCUCUGACGUGGGGAGUGGUGAAGGGCCUCCAGUUGCGAAACAUCCGGUUCUGGGCGAGGCAGCCCGGAGCAUACUACAUGGACGGAACCUUCACUAUUGGAUACUGCUAUCCAAACCUCAACAUGACCGAGAACUAUAAUUCCCCGGGGAGCCCAUAUUGGUGCUGCAAGUCGUUCAUCGCCCUCUCUCUACCGCUCUUCCAUCCAUUCUGGGCAUCAGCAGAAGAGCCCUACCCGGCGGUUCUCCUCAACAUAGCUAAGCCACUUUGUAAACCGUUCCACAUUGCCUGCAAUCUCGGCGGCCACACCUUCAUCCUCUCAUCUGGGCAGCAAUGUUCGUACCCCGUCAAGCAGAGUGCGGCCAAGUACGGCAAAUUUGCAUACUCAUCCGCGUUCGGAUACAGCGUGCCGUCGGGGAGCCUCACCCUUGAGGAGCACGCGGGGGAUAGUGCCCUUUCGCUAAGCGAGGAUGGCGGCGAGGUGUGGAAGCUGCGGCGGGUUACGCGCGAGGCGCACUUCGAGCGUGGCGCCGACAGCCGCAGCUGGUUGCGCUCGCUGUGGUAUCCCUGGAAGGACGUCACAGUGGAGACAUGGCUCGUUCCACCGUCGCCGGGUGCGCCGUUGUGGCAUCUGCGCGUGCACCGUAUCCGCUCUGCCCGCGCGCUACUCUCCGCCGAGGGCGCGUGGGCAAUAUACGGCCAGCGCAGGGACGACCGCGCGUUGGAGCUUGUGUCAAAUGGAUCAUUCGGGACGCUCGAGAGUGAUGCAGAAGCUAGGGCGGUGUCGAAGGCGGGCGCGACGGGGAUUGCGGAAUUGGGCAAAAAGGUUGGAAGGACGGGGAAGGUGAUGCGCACGGACGCGAACACGAACCUGAUGGUUCCGCGUGCCGUAAUGCCAACGCUAAUGGGUGAGCAUGAGGCGAGCGAGAAGGAUUAUUGGCUGGUGACGGGUGUAUUUGGUGUACCAAGUCCGGCCGGUCAGGAGGGCCCGCCUGCGGGAUGGGAGGCGGAGUGGACCAAGCGACCAAGUAUUCCGCAAGAGAUUGCUGCUCUCAUGCCGUGAAUAAUUGAUCAGGGAACUCACAAAAUGUAGUCGUCAUUGUGCGCGUGCGCAUGCGCAUAACAGCUUCUAUCAUUCCGAUCAGGGCGAAACGGCUGCAGUCACUACACACUGCGCGAACUUGCAUAGUUGUCUGAUCUGCUGUCGACGACCGAGUUCAGGAUUCUGCGUUCUGAUUAAAAC